ACUUGCGCGGAGAGAGCGGCUGGAGCGGAGCGCUGUCGCCCUGCGCGGCUGGAGCCGGGGUUCGGCGGCCGGGAGGGAAACGGGCCCUGCGUGUGGUUAGAGUAUCGGCAGCCCUGCGGAUGUGAGAGGAGCCGGGGGUCCUCCAGGCGGCAGCCGGCCCAAGCUCAUCGCCGGGCGAGGCAUGUCCCAGGAGCUGCGGUGUGAGCAGUGAAGAGCGCCGGGCGGGAUGGGCCGGCGCCGGGCGCCAGAGCUGUACCGGGCCCCGUUCCCGCUGUACGCGCUUCAGGUGGACUCCAGCGCCGGGCUGCUCAUCGCGGCGGGUGGAGGAGGCGCCGCGAAGACAGGCAUAAAGAAUGGCGUGCACUUUCUGCAGCUAGAGCGGAUUAAUGGGCGCCUGAGUGCCUCUUUGCUACACUCCCAUGACACAGAGACACGGGCCACCAUGAACUUGGCACUGGCUGGUGACAUCCUUGCUGCAGGGCAGGAUGCCCACUGUCAGCUCCUGCGCUUCCAGACCCGUCAGCAGAAGGGCAACAACAAGGCAGAGAAGGCAGGUUCUAAGGACCAAGGACCUCGACAAAGGAAGGGGGUGGCCCCAGCAGAGCAGAAAACUGGAGCGGAAACCCACUGUGAGGGGGUAGAGCUCAGUGUUGAGAAUUUGCAGGCGGUGCAGACAGACUUCAGCAGUGAUCCACUGCAGAAAGUUGUAUGCUUCAACCAUGAUAACACCUUGCUUGCCACUGGAGGGACGGAUGGCUACGUUCGUGUCUGGCAGGUACCCAGCCUGAAGAAAGUUCUGGAGUUCAGAGCCCACGAAGGGGAGAUUGAGGACCUGGCUUUGGGGCCUGAUGGCAAGUUGGUAACUGUGGGCUGGGACCUUAAGGCCUCCGUGUGGCAGAAGGAUCAGCUGGUGACACAGCUGCACUGGCAAGAGAAUGGACCCACCUUUUCUAACAUGCCUUACCGCUACCAGGCCUGCAGGUUUGGGCAGGUUCCAGACCAGCCUGCGAGGCUGCGACUCUUCACAGUGCAGAUUCCCCACAAGCGCCAGCGCCAGCCCCCACCCUGCUACCUCACAGCCUGGGAUGGUUCCACCUUCUUGCCCCUUCGGACCAAGUCCUGUGGCCACGAAGUCAUCUCUUGCCUCGGCAUCAGUGAAUCGGGCACCUUCUUAGGCCUGGGCACGGUCACUGGCUCUGUUGCCAUCUACAUAGCUUUCUCUCUCCAGCGCCUCUACUAUGUGAGGGAAGCCCAUGGCAUUGUGGUGACAGAUGUGGCCUUUCUACCUGAGAAGGGUCGUGGUCCAGAGCUCCUUGGGUCUCACGAAACUGCCCUAUUUUCUGUGGCUGUGGAUAGUCGAUGCCAGCUGCACCUGCUGCCCUCACGACGGAGUGUUCCGGUGUGGCUGCUGCUGCUGCUAUGUGUUGGCCUUAUUAUUGUGACCAUCCUGCUGCUCCAGAGUGCCUUUCCAGGCUUCCUUUAGCCUCUCUUCCCCCUGGAAAUCAGGGGCCCGGAUGCUGCCACCAUCUAGACAGGAAUGGAGGCCUGGAUCCCCACUGAUCACUCCAUCUGGGUCUGCAGCUGAGGUUGCCCCCACUGAGACAGAAAGGCACUGCCUACUUUUCCCAUUCAGGCUUAGCUGUGGCCCUCUGACUCUGGGAACCCUGCAUUCAUUCUGUGGAUUCACCCAGGACAGUGGUAUCUGAAGCCCAGGCCACACUACCUGCCCCCUUCCCUCUGCCUACCAGAGACUCCAGAGUUGAGCUUUUCCUUUUUGCAGAAAUAUGUGAAGGUACCCAAGAGCCUGCAGAAGCUGCCGUCCUUCUGCAGAAGCCAUCUGCUUAUCCACCUCCCCUCAGCUUGUAGCCAGUGCUUUUCUCCUGGAGCCCCUGGCAUUUGUGGGGCAAGGACUGGCCUGGGACUUGCUGUUAGCAAAGGAAGGGGCAAAAGAAAAACCCAGGGAGGAAUCCGUGGGUCCAGCUGGGCAGUUCCAAGCCAGCCAGGCUAAAUAUGGAGUAAGUUCCUGGAUAGUCUUCCCCAGUCUUGAAGAAAGGGAAAAUGAAUCUGAGCCCAUUAGGGAGGAAAAGUUAUUUAAUAAACUAGAGAAGACUGAACUAAAACCCUAAAA